AAUGUGUUUCAGUCCGCUGUUUCAAGCACAAUAAAUUGUGGCAGCGCUUGGCGAUCAUUUUCAAGUCCCGUUUCACAGCGAGAGCAACGACCGAACUGUCGGUCGCAUCGUGCGGCCUCUUUUCAGCUUUAAGUUAUCCUCUGCUGUAGGUCCUCAAAGGCGACAAGCGCAGCGCCAUCAUGAAACCUUUAGAGUCGAAUCGCAAGUUUCAGUUUGCUAUAGACCGGGGUGGCACUUUCACGGACAUAUAUGCCCGUUGCCCAAGAGGUAACGUGAGAGUCAUGAAGCUUCUUUCUGAAGAUCCAAACAAUUAUCCGGACGCACCGCGCGAAGGCAUCAGAAGGAUCUUGGAAGAGGAAACAGGAAAACCCUUCCCAGCAAAUGAAAAAAUUGAUGCCUCAUUGAUAGAGUGGAUUCGAAUGGGAACCACUGUGGCUACAAAUGCUCUUCUAGAGCGGAAAGGAGAGCCGACAGCAUUUGUUGUUACUGCUGGCUUUAAAGACUUACUAUACAUCGGAAAUCAAGCAAGACCACAUCUAUUCGAUCUUUCCUGUGCCAAGCCUGAAGUUCUCUAUGACUGCGUAAUAGAGGCAGAUGAACGAGUUGUUCUGUGCCGAGAUGACUGCUUUUUAGACCUGAACACACCAGAAUGCUCAGGCAGCACUGAUGAAAAGGUGACCAUUAUCAAGCCUCUUGACAUUCAGAAACUGAGAACUGAUCUACAAAAGGUGUUAAGUCUGGGAAUCAAAAGCCUGGCUGUAGCUUUGCUUCAUUCGUAUACGUUCAAGGAGCAUGAGCUUCUGGUGGGGCAGUGUGCCACUGAGUUGGGCUUCCAGCAUGUGUCCUUGUCAUCGGAUGUUAUGCCUAUGGUCCGCAUUGUGCCUAGAGGAUUCACAGCUUGUGUUGAUGCUUACCUGACUCCCUGCAUCAAGAACUAUGUUAAGAGUUUUGCUUGUGGAUUCCAGGACAACAUCAAACAUGUUACUGUCCUCUUCAUGCAAUCCGAUGGAGGAUUGACACCCAUGGAAACCUUUUCGGGAUCCAGAUCCAUUCUCUCUGGUCCUGCUGGGGGUGUUGUUGGCUAUGCAAAAACUUCCUAUAGUGCUGAACACAAAGUGCCUGUGAUUGGCUUUGAUAUGGGAGGAACGUCUACUGAUGUUAGCAGAUAUGAUGGCCAUUUUGACCAUACCUUUGAGACAACAACUGCUGGUGUGACAAUUCAAGCUCCUCAGCUGGACAUCAGCACAGUGGCAGCCGGUGGUGGCUCCAUGCUCUUUUUUCGAUCUGGGCUCUUUGUUGUGGGACCAGAGUCAGCUGGGGCUCAUCCUGGACCUGUAUGCUAUCGGAAAGGGGGUCCAUUAACAGUGACUGAUGCCAACGUGUGCUUGGGCCGGCUGUUACCAGACUAUUUCCCCAAGAUUUUUGGCCCAUCGGAAAAAGAGCCACUGGAUAAAGAAGCUGCUGUAGCAGCUUUUCGUAGGCUCACGCACGAGGUGAAUUCAUUUCUGAAAAGCCAGCCAGGUAGUGCAAACAAGCACAUGACCUUGGAACAAGUUGCAAUGGGCUUCAUUAAUGUGGCCAACGAGUCUAUGUGUCGCCCUAUACGAGCUCUGACACAAGGCAAAGGCUUUGAUGUUUCCACACAUUUGCUAGCUUGUUUUGGAGGUGCAGGCGCACAACAUGCCUGUGCCAUUGCCAGAGCUCUUGGCAUGACCAAAGUUCUCAUUCACAGAUAUGCAGGUAUAUUAUCAGCCUAUGGCAUGGCACUUGCCGAUGUUGUGGAAGAGGCUCAGGAGCCAUGUUCUCUAACCUAUACUGCUGGAAACAUCCCUACGAUUGAUGCCAGAAUCAAAGCGUUGAGUAUGAAGUGCACGGAAGCACUUCGGCGUCAAGGUUUUGAAAUGCAGAACAUCAUUGUAGAACCUUUUCUUCACAUGCGCUAUGACCGGACAGAUUGCGCUCUCAUGUGCCCACCUGAGUUCAUGAAGAGUGGCACGAAUACAUCUCCUGCUUCUACUACUGGGCAGUCUGUAUCCACUUUUGGAAACUUUGAAAUGUCCUUCAUGUCAAGGUACAAGCGGGAAUUUGGCUUCAUACUCCAAGGACGCAACAUAAUUGUUGAUGACAUUCGUGUCAGAGCUGUGGGUCGCACUUGCCUUCCAGAGAGCGAGUGCCUUGACCCUGGAGAAGAGAAGUCGGCACAGCCCAUUAAGAUGACAGAGUGUCAGGACAUUACUGUGCAGUGCUACUUUGAAGACAGCUACCAUCAAACUCCUGUGUACCUGUUGAAAAAUCUCCUGGCAGGCAAUGUCAUUAAUGGUCCUGCUAUCAUCAUUGAAGAUAACUGCACAAUUGUUGUGGAGCCCGCAUGCUGUGCUCAAAUUCUGAAACAUGGAGACAUAAGCAUAGAGGUUAGCAAGUCCAAAGAAGAAAAAAUAGGACUGGAGUUGGAUGCUGUUCGGCUUUCUCUUUUCUCUCAUCGCUUCAUGAGCAUUGCUGAGCAGAUGGGAAAGAUUCUUCAAAGAACAUCAAUAUCUACAAACAUAAAGGAAAGGCUGGAUUUCUCCUGCGCACUCUUUGGCCCUGAUGGUGGCCUAGUGUGCAAUGCACCACACAUUCCUGUCCAUCUGGGAGCCAUGCAAGAGGCUGUCCAAUACCAGAUGACGAUGUUGGGCGAUAACCUUGUACCUGGGGAUGUCCUCCUCUCUAAUCAUCCUCAAGCUGGUGGCAGUCACUUACCUGAUCUCACAGUUAUCACACCGGUCUUCUACAAGGAUCAGCCACGGCCUGUUUUCUUUGUUGCCAACCGUGGCCACCAUGCUGAUAUUGGAGGGAUCGCACCAGGCUCAAUGCCAGCUAAUUCACACACCAUUCUUGAAGAAGGUGCCACAUUUGUCUCUUUCAAAGUUGUCCAGGCUGGUGUCUUUCAACAAGAAGCCUUGACCAAAGCCCUUCAUGCCCCUUCUUUGCUGCCCAAUAGCAGUGGUACGCGAAACCUGCGUGAUAAUUUGGCCGACAUACAGGCACAGAUUGCAGCCAACCAAAAGGGCAUCACCCUUGUGAAGGAGCUGAUCGACUAUUAUGGCCUGGAGGCAGUGCAGGCCUACAUGGGCUAUGUGCAAGACAAUGCAGAAGUGGCUAUUAAAGACCUGCUGCGUCGUGUGGCUAACUCGGCCAUCAGCAAAUUGGGUAAAGCUGAGCUGCAUGCCUGGGACCGCAUGGAUGAUGGUUCACGCAUCUGUCUCACUGUCAGACUCAAUGAGAAGGAGGGAACGGCGGUGUUUGACUUUUCCGGGACAGGACGUGAAGUGCAUGGCAACCUGAAUGCCCCACGUGCAGUAACCCUUUCUGCAAUAUUGUAUUGCCUUCGCUGCAUGGUAGGACACGACUUGCCACUUAAUCAGGGCUGCCUGGCACCUGUAAAAGUGGUUCUGCCACGAAAUUCACUACUCAACCCUUCGGCAGAUGCAGCAGUUGUUGGAGGCAAUGUGCUGACUUCACAAAGAGUUGUAGAUGUUGUUUUUCAUGCCUUCAACACAUGUGCUGCAUCACAGGGUUGCAUGAACAACAUAACAUUUGGAGAUGAAACUCUUGGCUAUUAUGAAACCAUUGGUGGAGGUGCUGGAGCUGGCCCUCACUGGCAUGGUCGCAGCGGCAUUCACACUCACAUGACCAAUACUAGAAUUACAGACCCAGAAAUCUUGGAACGCAGGUACCCUGUGAUUCUGCAACGGUAUCACCUGAACCCAGGCACAGGAGGUCAGGGAAAGUUCACUGGUGGCGAUGGGGUUGUUCGUGAGCUUCUGUUCCGGAAGCCCCUGCAUCUCUCUGUUCUUACAGAGCGUCGUGUUUUUGCUCCAUAUGGCCUUCAAGGUGGCCAUCCUGGAUCAUGCGGCAUCAACUUGCUGUAUUUCAAGAGUGGCAGAAUUGUCAACUUGGGUUCAAAGGCCUCAGUUAACAUUGCACCUGGGGACGUUCUUCAUGUGGAGACACCUGGCGGUGGUGGCUAUGGUCCUUCACCAAUGGAUGAAAAGUCUUCAUAAACCUUACAAUAUUAACAGUAGAAAUUAAGAAUUACCUUUUUAUAUUGAUUUGAAUGUGAGCUAGCAUUUAGUAAUGAAAUAAUAAACACAUUUUGUAAGUUUUAUGGAAUAGAACACUGCUGUUCAAGUUUAAA